AUGGUGAAUGACGGAUCAAGUGUAGGCGCUUAUACACUUAAUCUGGUUGUGCCCCCGAAGUCCGCUUCGGAGGUGGUCAGGUUGCCAACGCUAGAAUCUACAAGAUUCUUGCAAGAUCUACGAAGUGACAAGAUCAAACAGAUCUGCGUACUCGUCACAGAGGACGAGUGCGUCGCCGAUAUUCGUUCGGCACAAGUGUUUGCUGACAACGAACGGGUUCUCAGUAGUUCAUCUGCAUGCGAGAUUGUCCUCGAUGAGAAGACCCGGAUUGAGCGAUACACGUCUCAAUCUUGGGAGUCUUUGAAGACAAAUCCUUUGUAUAAGGAUUUGGUCGAAUUCUGGGAUGUUUUCCCGGAAUCCGUGCCAUGCGAGCUGCCCAAGGACAAAGGCACUCGGCAUGAGAUCGAACUGAAACCAGGUUCGAAAUACUAUGUCAUGAAGCAGUGGCCACUGUAG